AGCCGCGGCGUCCCACCGUGCGGCCCUCGUCCUUCUUCCUGACCCGACAUCCCGCCGGCUCCAGGAUGAGUGCGCGCGCUUCGGGAGGACCCCGGGCCCGGACAGGGUUCCUGCUGCUGCUGCUGCUGCUCGGGCUGGUGGCCCCGGGCGCACAGGGGGCGCGGAGCCGCGGCGGCACCGAGAAGAACAGCUACCGCCGCACGGUCAACACCUUCUCGCAGAGCGUCAGCAGCCUGUUCGGCGAGGACAACGUGCGCGCAGCUCAGAAGUUCCUGACAAGGCUGACCGAGAGGUUCGUGCUGGGAGUGGACAUGUUUGUGGAAACCGUGUGGAAAGUUUGGGCAGAGCUCUUGGAAGUUCUUGGACUCGACGUCUCAAACCUGUCCCAGUACUUCAACCCCAGCUCGGUGGCCAACAGCCCCGCCCGGGCCCUCCUGCUGGUGGGCGUCGUUCUCCUGGCCUACUGGUUCCUGUCCCUGGCCCUGGGCUUCACCUUCAGCGCCCUGCACGUGGUGUUCGGCCGCUUCUUCUGGGUGGUGCGGGUCGUUCUGUUUUCCAUGUCCUGCGUGUACAUCCUGCACAAGUAUGAGGGCGAGCCUGAGAAUGCCGUGCUGCCCUUGUGUUUCGUGGUGGCCAUCUACUUCAUGACCGGGCCCAUGGGCUUCUACUGGCGAGGCAGCCCCAGUGGCCCCAGCGUGGAGGAGAAGCUGGAACAACUGGAGAACCAGGUCAGACUGCUCAACAUCCGCCUCACCCGUGUGCUGGAGAGUCUUGACCGCCCCAACAGCAAGUGACAACCAGCCAGCCGGCCGGCUCCCCCCGCACCAGCGCCCUCUCUCCGGAGACAAAAAAGAAGAAGAAAAAAAAGAACGCCAAACCCCAAACAACCUUAAUAAACAUGCCUGAGCAAGAGAGGGGCGCUUUGUGAGGGUGUUUCCGGCCACGUGUCAACUCUUAGGACAUCUUCCAGGAGGAACUGACAAGAUCGUUGAUGUAGGACUACCCACCAAGUGUCAUUAGUGGAAAAAAAUAUUUUUUAAACAAAGGAUAUAACCAUAUUAGCUGUACAGUAAGAGAAGUUUAUCUGUGCAUAGAGCAUAAAGUUAAUUUUUUCAAGCAUUUAAAUACAUCUUUUGUAAGGUUUUUUAAUAAAGGCAGAUCGAGUUGAGUUUAUUAAAACUUUACACAGAGGGGAAGAAAUUGCUAAUUCGAUCUUUUGUGAAAGUUUCAAGGCAAGUGUUUGCUUUUGCAGCACAGGGAUUGGUGGGUGAGGUCUGAGUGUGUCCUUUUCAUGUUCCAAAACUGUGACCUUCAUUUCAUGUUGUUUUUGGUUGAUGUUGAUUUGAUGAAUUGUGUCGCUUCUGAAUGUGGACUGUUGGGUUUCAAGGUUGAAACUCAAUGUCUUUGAGAUCCUAGAUGAUUCAACCAAGCCCCCAUCAAUCAGAUUUCUGACUGAAGAAGUCAUUAUUUGUAGAAAACCUAAGAUUCCCUCUCCUUUCUGUACUUUGAUGUAUUUUAACCUCCACCAUUUUCUAAAGGAAAAUUCAAGAACCAGACAAAGAAAUAUCAUUGGAGUUUGAGACCAAGAACUGCCUGAGGGAGCAUCAAAGCUCAUUCAGGUAUCUAAUUUGAGUCCUAAUUUUACCAUUGGCCAGCUAGGGGGAUAUAGGAAAGCUACACUCUCCAGGGUUUUUUGUAUACUUAUUUCAUUUUGGUUUUUGGUUGACUCAGGACCUUAGAAGGAAAACCAAGCAUAGCAGCUAAUAACCUUUCAAGUCUGUUGCUGCUUACAAAGCAUUCUCAGGAACAAUAAGCAGAAACCCACCAGAGUUGAAGAUUUGUUUUAUCUGAAAUUUUUACAAUAUAUAUGUUAGGUGCUUUUGGUUUGGAAUAUGUGCUGGCUUCAUUUUAGGUGGUCUCUAGUGGUGAAGAGAAGUACAUGGGGGGCAGACAGCUGUGGGGGUCCUGAACAAAGGGGGCUUUGUAAGGCUUGGAUCAGGGGCUAGUGGAGAUGGACCUUUCUGGGUACCAAACAAGCACAGGAAAUCAAGGAAAGGGUCACCCAGGUUUUGCUACUAGGCUUCAUGGCCGUCUCCAUCAGCGUUCCUUGGUCACCUGUGUGUCCUGGCAGCCCUCUCAGAGCCCCUGUACACAGGUUUGCAGAGACCCCUGGCAGAUAGGGUAGAACCAAGACUUUCCGGGCCAGGUAUCCUUUCAGAGAAAACUCGGCUGCCUGCCAGCUCUUCCUGUGCUGUGUUUCUGUGCUGCUUUAUUUGAAGUUGCAAGUACCGGGAAAAGAGAAGCAGGUGUUUUUCAAGAAUGUUUAUGAAACUUCUGUUUUUAAGGUGCACAUUAACGGGAUCCAAACUCUCUUGCAUUUGCAGCUCAGUUCUUGAAAUUAUGUACGUGUCCUCUAGAAUUUGCCUGGGCAGAUCUUUAUCCUUGGUUUCUGUGUUGAAGCUGUUCCAGUUUUGUCCAUGGCACCCCACUCCAGUCCUCUUGCCUGGAAAAUCUCAUGGAUGGAGGAGCCUGGUGGGCUGCAGUCCAUGGGGUCGCCAAGAGUCGGACACGACUGAGCGACUUCACUUUCACUUUUCACUUUCAUGCAUUAGAGAAGGAAAUGGCAGCCCACUCCAGUGUUCUUGCGUGGAGAAUCCCAGGGAUGGGGGAGCCUGGUGGGCUGCCAUCUACGGGGUCGCACAGAGUCGGAGACGACUGAAGCGACUUAGCAGCAGCAGCAGCAGCAGAUACUUAGAGACAGAUCUUUUCACACAGAUUAUAGAGAACUCCACAGAGGUCGUGUUUGCCUUCUUUGCUUUUGGCAUGUCUGGGUGUUUGCUUUGCUCAUGUUAGGCAGUGGGAUAAUUGACAUUCUCUGCACAAAGAUUUUAAGUUUUAAUUACUGUGUGGGUACAACAUCUACCCUUCUCUUGCCCACCCUCACACCUGGAAACCUGAUGGAACUGUGCUGUCUUGAGACCCUGGCAGAAAAAUCAUUUUAACUUCUAGUAAAUUGAGGAAGGCUCAUAUAUCUGGGUACUGGUAGACUGAGGCCUCAUCAUCAACUGGAAAUUAUUGUUAAGAAUAUAUACACCUUGGGAUUUCCCUGUGGCCCAGGGGUUAAGAAUCUGCCUGGCAGUGCAAGGACAUGGGUUCAAUCACUGGUCCAGGAAGAUUCCACUUGCUGUGAGGCGACUAAGCCCAUGUGUCGCAACUAAGACCCAA